AUACUCCCACAUCCCCCCACAACACACACACAUUCCCCACGCACAAGCCUCCCUCCCCCCCCAUCGCCGUCAUGUGAUGAUGUGGAGUGGCUGAAACGCGGGUGGAUGGAAGCGACAUUUCAACGGCAGCAACCUCGAUAGAGAGGGGAGUUCUUUAACGACACAACAACAACAUCAUCACCAGCAGCAGUAGCAUCAACAAGAGCAGCACGCGACCCAUCGCGGGAGAGAGUAGCACAACGUGGGAGCAAUCGCCGGGUGCUGCACAACGAGGCCGGGGAGCGUGGGUCCCCACCCCAGCUCGGCGCUCCCCCUCCUCCCCUCCCGACGAGGAUACGGACACGCGAGCCGCACGUGGAGACCGGUCAGAGGAGAGAGUUGGUGAGGCUCAACUCCUUAAGUGAGAGAAGAGAGGAGGAGUAGCGAGAGCGGGUGGCCCACAGACAGGGCCGAUGUGAGUGGAGGUACAGGCAGGAUAAGAAGAGGUGGGGGGGGGGGGGUGCCCAAGGACCGUUUGGCACGAGGAGGGGAGUUGAGGUGACGGGCAGGGGAGGAGAUGAGAGCGCGAGCUCAGUGGUCGGGGUGAGAGGAGAGAGAAGAGAGAUUCCUUGGCGCCACCACGUGAAAGAGGGAGAGAAGUGAAGGGAGCAAAAUCCACGGUGGGAGAAGAGGGGAGAAUACCGGAGAGAGGAGGGGAGAGAGAGAGGAGGGGACCCCAAGGCCCGGGACCUGGGCCUGCGGCGAGUCCCCGUGGUCCCAGGGUCCCCGGGAUGGUGGAGGUGAUCCCGGCUGAGGCCCCACACAUGCAGUCGGACGAGGUGCGCGGAGCGAGCGAGCAAGGCCUGGGCUCGGAGGGCGACAGCGACACAAGCAGCAACAGCAGCAGCAGCCCGCGCUCCACAUGCAGUGGCAGCAGCAGCGGCGGCGACAGCCCACAAUGCAGCGGUGGGACACCUCAGCUGCAGCUGCAACAGGAGGCACGGGGUGGCACGGGGCACCACCACCAGCAGCAGCAAGUGUGCACCCUUGAGCUCCCGGACCUCGCGGGUGACUUCAGACCCACGCUGGAAGAGAUCGAGGAGUUCCUGCAGGAGCACAUGCAGGUGCUCAAGAACGGCACGGACAGCUCGGCCACAAUCAAGGUUGAGGCCACGACCGAGACCAACAAGCACGGCGGCGGCAGCAGCUGCAACGUCGGCGGUGGCGGCGGUAGUGGGGGAGGCACGAGCAGCAUCGGCAGCAUCAAUUGCUCCGGCAGCCCCGGCGACGUGAGCACGAUCCGUCCGACGUCCACGUUGCCACUCGUUGUGCAGCCCGUGGCGACGCCAGCGGCGGAACGGUCGGCUGAGGCAGCUGGGCAGUCGCCUCCGCCGAUUCCGGCGGGCGGCGUGAAGCUCGCGCAGUUGCUCAUCAACAUCCAGGGCCAGACGUUCGCGCUGGUGCCGCAAGGUCCCGCGUCGUCGUGCCGGCCCUACGUGCGCAUCGCUCCCGUGCCGAUCGCGGCCAAGCCCGGCACGGCGCUGCAGGGGCCCGGUGGCCUCGUGGUGAGCGGCGUGCCGGUGGCGGGCCAGCGGCUGACGGUGCGAGGAGGCCCACACGGGGCGGCGGUCGCAGUGGCGGCGGCCCACGAAGUGCUGAAGAUGCACAAGUGUGAGCAUCCGGGAUGCAACAAGAUGUACACCAAGAGCAGCCACCUAAAGGCGCACCUGCGGCGCCACACGGGAGAGAAGCCCUUUGCCUGCACCUGGCCAGGAUGUGGAUGGAGGUUCUCGCGCUCGGACGAGCUGUCGCGCCACCGCCGCUCGCACUCGGGCGUGAAGCCGUACGCCUGCCCCGUGUGCGGAAAGAAGUUCGCGCGCAGCGACCACCUGUCCAAGCAUGUCAAGGUGCACCGCUUCCCACGCUCUAGCCGCUCCGUGCGCUCCGUCAGCUGACUGCCGCGCCCCCCUCUGCAGGUUCUGCCCUCCCCUCCCGCGGGUGCCACACCCCACCUCUUCACGGGCCCUCACCCCCCAAAAGGGUGCCUUGCCUCCCAAAGGGUGCUGCCCUCCCAGUCCCUGAUGCACGACCCCCAACACCCCUCACCCCUGGUUUUCUCCGAAGGCUACUGGCCCCUUACCAAGUGACGCUGAAUUCAACCGGGUCUGGCUCUCCACUCGGCUACGCUGACAUAAGGAUUUAAAGUGUCUGACGGUGCUGUACAGACUUGGCACUGAAGCACGUGUGUGGCGGCGGUGAUGACAACUGAGAUUGGGGUGGGAAAGGGUUGGACCCCCUGAGGGAAGAGGGAACCAGGUGGAGCGCAUCGGAGGGUGGACGCUGCAAGGAGGAGGACUACCUUCGGAUUUCUUCUUUAAAGAGCUGGAGAUGCAGAUAUGUGAAUAAUGAUGAACCCAGGCCCGAUAGCACUUGUUGUUUGUAUAAGUACAAAGCGAUUUGUACGCUUGUGCGUGUUUAUAUAUAUGGCCUACGCGUGUGUGGGGCACGUGCCCACCUCUGCACGUUGCGCACGCUGCCUCGCAAGGCCAAAAGGUGGCACACGGAUGAUGGAGCAAACCCUUCUUCGUAUCGGGCAAAGCGUCUCGCCGCGAGCGCCGCCACGCGUGUAUCCAUCGGUGGGAUCACCCCGGAACGCGUCGAGAAAACCCCGCUGUGACGUGCGACGCCACCGCGUGUGAGCGGAUACCGCCCGGGAGUUAAUUUCUCAACUGAAUAUUUUCCAGUGUUUCUGGUAGAAUUAAUGGAGUAGUUGGCACGUGACUCGUAGCCACAUGCAUAUGGAGAGUUCCACUGGGUGUGGUGUGGCAGGGGUUACUGAUUUUUCCUCUGGGUUGGCGACGUCCUGGACACUGGCCUCCCAUAACCCUGUCCUGCUACGCUGAGCCGGACGGCAACAAACUCUUUCAUCACACGAGCGACUGAGUGAAUUUUAUUAAAAUUGAUGAAGCGA